AUGCACCUCGAGCGCUUCGCCAUGAAGGUGGACCUUUCCUCGCGCGAGACCAUGACCGACGCAAGUUUGAGAGGUGCAAGAAGACAAGUUAUUGGUGACAAACAAUAUUGCUCUACUGGCAAUGAUGCUUCUGAAGAUAGUGAAAACAAAGCCAAGAUAAAAGCUAAAGCUGAAGAAAAAAGAAAAGCAGCUAAGCUCAAGCUCAAUGAUUUGCUUGAGUCCAUUCAGAAGACAUCAGCAGUGCCCAGUGACAAGGAUGGUGGCGUGUCUGGCCGACUGGCACGACCAGGCCGCCAGCCGCGGCCCCGACAUGUGGUGGCACGGCCAGACCGGCCUGCCCCUGCCUCUGCCCCCACCCCCACCGCCACUUCUGCUGCUGCUCCCACACAGCCUCCGCCAGUCAAACAGCUAACCCUGGACGAGGAGGUGGCGCAGGCGGCUCGCGACGUCGCCUCCUCGCUCGGCGGAGACACGGCGCGCACCGAGGCCGAGCUGCUGUUCAAGCUCAAUGGGGAGGACGGGGCGUCGGCCGACCGGCCGCAGCUCAGUGAGCUGAUGUCCGGUAUGAAGGUGGACCAGCGGCCGGCACCGGGCCGCUCGCAGCAGGUGCGUCACCAGCUGGGCGAGCGGCGCGCCGACGCUGUGGGCCGGGUCCGCCGCGAGCGGGCUGAGACGCCCGGCCAGCAGCGGGCGCCGUCCGAGCGGCACUCGCCUCCCGAACACGUGCAGCUGUACACGGGCGACGCGCUCGGCAUCUUCACCGACCAGGGGCGGGUCGGCGCCAGCGAGCUGGUGCCAACCGGUGCCGCCAGUCAGUGGGAGCGGCUGCACGAGCGGGAGUUGCGGCUGGCCGUCACCCACCCGCCGGCCAACGCCUGGCAGGAGAUGAUCCUGUGGACCGAGCAGGGCAAACUGUGGCACCUGCCCGUCGACAACGAACAGGGACUGGAGGCGGAGGCGGCCGUCGGCUUCCACGAGCACGUGUUCCUGGAGCGCCACCUGGAGCCGUGGUGUCCCCAGCGCGGCCCCCUCCGCCACUUCAUGGAACUCGUGUGCGUGGCGCUCGGCAAGAACCCGUGGCUCUCGGUUGAGGAGAAGCGCGAGCACAUCGUCUGGUUCAGGGACUACUUCGCUGAGAAGCAGCAGCUGCUGGCGGAGCUGAAGGCCAUGUAAGUGGGCGGAGCGAGUCUAUUUGGUGCAGCGAGUAGUGGGAGUGGCAGUGAGCGACUGGCUCUGAGUGGCGUCCCGACCGGGCGCACAAUACAGGCGACACACGUGUGCAAUCAC